GCGUGUUUAUUAUAAACUCCUCGGGCAAGGAAAGAUACAGCUCGUAACGCAACGUAACAAUCUGUUAUGUUGUUCUUGGUCAGUCGAACAAACAACAACCGUUUUAUGCGCGGUUGCAACCGUGCUCGAGUAAACAGUCUUUCGACCAAAAAAUCUACACGCGUGCAAAGUUCAUUUAUAAUGCAAUUCUCGUCUCGUAUCUCUGUCAUUUUCUGGGUACGUGGAAUAAUAAUAAAUAAUCGCGGUAUAAUAAAUAAAUCGUCCGUGUAGUUAAUAAAAUAAAAUAAAGCGAACGAACUGUUCGGGAAUCCUGAGCGAGGUUAGUUAGACGAUCUUAAAAGAAUCGUAGGAUUUGCUAGGAGAAUCCUAAAUGAAUUCUAUCGUUGAGAUCGAACCUAGCGGGAAUGUUAAACGAGGAAUCCUCGACGAAUCCCAGAAGGGAUAAACAGGGCUAUGGAAAUAGCGAUUCGGUUAUGGAAAUGAAAUUUCAAUGUUCGAAUAUCGAGAGGGAAAGCCAGUCGGAAUUUUCGAUAGCGAGGUGACAGCUCUAGUACCUUGGUCUCGAUCUAAUUACACCAAUGAUACGGUCGUAACGCGUAUUUCGAGAGCGUUUCGUGACAGGUGUAAUACAUAUACAAUUUCCAUGGUAGACGAGUACAUUUUGCCAUCGUAACUGUUGGCGUACAAGGCAAAGGUGUUCAAGUAAACCGGUAUGGGACAACACACGGACGGUCAGCAACUACGUCGAGUCCAGGCGAGCCACAUCCGGUACAGCGGAGCUUCUGCCGCAGCAGAGAUCUCGAUGAGGAUUCUCGCCAAAGUAUAACAGUUUAACGACGAUGGACAGAUCUAGUUCUUAUCGAAGACCUCGUGGAAACAGAUCCAUUACGCAAGAAUCAAGUGUAAGGAUCCCUGAAUUAUUGAAUCAAUUGUGCAACGAAUCUCAAGGACCAAAUACUAUUCUACGUGAUGCCUGCUACGGCUGUUUCUACAGGGUCACAAAUCAACCAGUCAGCUUUUCUCUAUUAUCGGCAAUCUCCGAUUGUGGGAAUAUUUAUCUCAACGGUACCGAUUACAGUCAUUGUCAGCAGUACCUGACCAAUGCAACAAAUUCAGCAAACUCGAAGACGAAUCCUACUACGAUAUACUGCACAUUUUUGGAGUGCAUUCGACAAGCAAACAAGGACAAUUUGCUCAGGGAAUGCGUCGACGAAGCCAUAAGUGUGUUUCCCAAUUUUACCACCACGGACGUCAAAUUGGCUCAAUUAUUCACGAACACCACCGCGUGUGUGCUCGCGAAAACUCGUUGUUCUCGUACGAAUCCUAUAACCGGUGAAUAUCAAAAAGACGAUCUCGCCAGUAAGCUGCAUAUAUCCACGAUCAACGCCAUGCUGGUCAACACCGAUUACAAUAUCAACAUUAUUCAACUACCGUUUCAUUACGGUUCCAUCGACGUCUGCGCCAAGUAUAGAAACUACGAACAAGCCAGCUGGCCGAGCGCUACGUGUUGAUUGAAAAUUUCCCUUCCACCCAGGACGAAACUUACAAUUAGAGGAACCGUGAAAUUUCUACCAUCUGAAGCGAAUAGGUUCGUGACGUAUUUCGUUGAGCAAUACAUAUCGGCCAUCAGGUUAACGCCGUGUUAUACAUCAAAGUUUUAUAAAUAAAUGAUUUUACA